CGGACAGUUUGCUGCGGGACAUGGAGAGGACAAAUCCUUCGCGACUGGACCCGUGCCAUUAUCUGUCAAAGCAAGAGAACCACAAAAAAUGGAAACAACACUACAUUCUGUAAAGUGACGGCAGCGAAGAGCGGAGUGCUUUCUAAUGCUGACAACUUUUUCUUGCACUUUCACUAGGAAAUGGUGUCUGAAUACCAAGCAGCAUAAUUGAAUCAAACCACCACUCUUCCAUUUGGUGGCAAAGACUCACCAUGGUGUAUGGGCAGAUUCUUCACAGAUGGGGCCCAGAAGAUGGCUUCAUCAACCUGAAUGUUGGUGGCUACAAGCAGAAAGUGUCGCGCCGCCUUCUGCUCUGCUUUCCCAACACCCGCCUUGGACGUCUCCUCUUCUGCCACUCGGAAGAGGCCAUCUUGGAGCUAUGCGACGACUACGGCGCAGCCGAACGCGAGUACUAUUUCGACCGCAACCCGCGCUUCUUCCUCUACGUCCUCAACUUUUACAACACGGGGAAGAUCCACCUGAUGGAAGAGCUGUGUGUCUUCUCCUUCAGCCAGGAGCUGGAGUACUGGGGCAUCAAAGAGCUCCACCUGGACACCUGCUGCAGCAACAAGUUCCAGGAGCAAAAGGAGUGCGUUGAGGCCGGCGACUGGGACCGCAGGAGCGACGACCAGCAGCAAAACCAGAUGGAGGGCAGCAUCGACUCCUCCAUGGAGGAGCUGUCCGCUCUGGACAAGGACUUUGAGAAAUUCGAGGGCACGUGGUGCGCGGAACGCCGCAAGUACAUCUGGCUGCUUCUGGAGAACCCUGGGUUCUCACCUGCAGCGAAGGUGAUUGCUGUGGCCUCUCUGAGUGUGGUGCUCACCUCCAUUGUGGCCAUGUGUGUGCACAGCAUGCCUGAGUACCAACAGGUAGACGCCAACGAUAAAGAGAUCGAAGACCCCGUGCUGGCUAUUUUCGAGAUCGUGUGCAUCAUCUGCUUCUCGUUCGAAUUCAUCAUCCGCAUGCUGGUGACCCCGUGCCUGCGCAAGUUCUGCUGCAACACGCUCAACAUCAUCGACUUUGUCUCCAUCAUCCCGUUCUACGCCACACUGGCCUUUGACCCCGUGGAGGAGGAGAACGAGGAGCUGGAGAACGUGGGGAAGGUGGUGCAGGUGCUGCGGCUCAUGCGCAUCUUCCGCAUCCUCAAGCUGGCGCGCCACUCGGUGGGCCUGCGCUCCCUGGGCGCAACCCUGCGCCACAGCUACCACGAGGUGGGCCUCCUGCUGCUCUUCCUCUCCGUGGGCAUCUCCAUCUUCUCCGUGCUCAUCUACUUUGUGGAGAAGGAAGAUGAGGAGUCGGAGCUGCAGAGCAUACCCGUGGGCUGGUGGUGGGCCACUAUCAGCAUGACCACCGUGGGCUACGGAGACACAUACCCCGUCACGCUCGCUGGGAAGCUGAUCGGCACACUUUGCAUCGUCUGUGGUCUCCUGGUGGUGGCCCUCCCCAUCACCAUCAUCUUUAACAAAUUCUCAAAGUACUAUCAGAGACAGAAGGCGGUGGAUGCUAACCAAGGCAAUAAUGAGAUUAAGGUUCUUGACCCGAGCCUGCUGCACUUCCAUGUUAAUAACCUCUACUCACAAAAUAGGCAUUCUUUGGUGGCCAGCCUGUCCUCUAGAAGUAGCAUUGGGAGUGGCGACGAUGCCACAGAUGCUUCCAGCCUUCAAGAGGUGGAGACAGUUUAUCCUGCGGAGUGAGUGCAGACAUCUGACAGAAGACAGCCCUCUGCACCAGAGUGAACAGGGAACAGAGACAAGACAUAGAUGAUAAAAUAAACAACAAGCACUUUCAGUAACUCAGGGCUCUAUUCAUUUGGUGCACUGACAGUGGUGGUAAUAUCGGUCACAUAUAGCCGGCUUAUUACAGACUUCUCUUUACUUACUACUAGUAGCACCGGUUAUAUGUAGGUCACUGCUGUCAGGUCAAGAAACAAAAUAAUUUUUUAAAGCAAAGACCUUAGUCAGUAGUCAUUCAUUAUGUAAGCUUGCGAGGAAAUCAAUUCAGAUGUUUCUUAGAAAACAACAUCAGAUCUUUGACAUGUAAUGGCAUGUUAUUACAUUUGUCUUAAACUUAAACACUCUGCCUUUGUAAUCGAUGAUUGCAUGUGUUAUUAAAAGGCUAUAGGGUACACUCUUAAAACAAAUGUGUUGUCCCUAUCUGGACACAGAGAUGUGUUAAAAAACAACGCAAGUUGUGUUAUUUUCAACACAUUGUUUUAAGAGUGUAGAAUGUGCAUAAUUGUUCAGCAUGCCAGUGGUAAUGAGCGUACUGUCUGAGUAAAACAGAUUCAUUCAAACAUCUGCACUAGAUUGUACAGUGAUGCAGCAGAAUUUUGCUCAGCAGAGUUUAUCUUCAAUUUGAAUAAAAACUUCUAAAUCAACAUAUUCAAAUGAUGUUAUGUUCACAAGAAUGGAUGUCAUUUCAGCCUUUGAGGGAAGUCCUUAAAAGGGCAUCAGACAUUGUUAAUAGAGAGAAUGUGUUCACAUUCAAAGGUAGAAUGCCAUAAACUGCUUUAGUGACAUUUCAAUGUGAUGGACAACUGAAAAUCCACUUAAUCGCCAGGAUCUACAGUAUACGCUUUUCAGAUAGGUAGUUAUGCCAUAAUGUUAUUAUGCCAAUGCCAAUAAAAUGUAAUUUACAAUAGACGCCACCAUUACAUAUGUUUUCUCAGAACAACCAUGAUUUGGAAAAUCGACCAGUAAAGAUGUCUUAACAUGUUUAUUAUAACAAAAGUGAGUGUA